AUAGUAGAUACAUAUAACGGCUUAUAAGAACGACGUAGAAGAAUGUACUUCACAUUAGCAAGCUGCACGCUUUUCAGUGAAGUUGCCUCUCGAACAUGCGUGUUAAACUCGUGUUCUUUGCACUGUGUCUAGCGACCGGAGCUUUCGGAAAAAUUGGAUUCGGUCCUGGUGAACAGGAAUGGGGAUACGUGACUGUCAGGCCAAAUGCACACAUGUUCUGGUGGCUGUAUUACACGACUGCGAAAGUGAAUAUCUCUUAUUAUGAGAAGCCUUUGCUCAUCUGGCUUCAAGGUGGACCAGGUGCAUCCUCAACAGGAUAUGGCAACUUUGAGGAAUUGGGACCGCUCGAUCUCCAUUUGAACUACAGAAAUUACACUUGGGUAAAGGAUUACAAUAUCCUCUUCAUCGACAAUCCAAUCGGCGCUGGGUUCAGUUUCUCAACAACAUUGUCAGGCUUUCCAAAAACAAAUGCUCAGAUCGCAGCUGACCUACUCGAAUGCAUUCGUAGUUUCUUACUUGAAUUUCCAGACUUCGCAUCAGUCCCAACAUACAUCACGGCUGAAUCUUAUGGCGGAAAGAUGGCAGCUGAAUUCGCUAACGUUUGGUACCAAGCCCAGAAAAAUGGUAGCAUAAAGAGUAAUCUUAAAGGAGUCGCCAUGGGAGAUUCUUGGAUUUCCCCAAUAGAUUCCGUGAUGACCUGGGCCGAUUAUCUCUUGAAUAUGGGUAUGGUUGACCAAAAUGGUCAUGACAAGAUCCAAGCACGGGCGAACUUGACAAAGAAGGCUGUAGAUAACGAAAAAUGGUUUAUAGCGACUAAUCUUUGGAGCUUGACCGAAUCGGCGAUAUAUCGCGUGACAAAUAAUAUCGACUUUUAUAACAUCCUCUACAAAAAACGUCCGAAUGAGAUAUUGGAGGAUCGUUCCGCGAAGGAUAAGUUAUUAAAAGUCGACUUUUCGACUGGUCUGGAUGAAGAUUCUGACGAGUUACUCGACGAGCUAAUGAACGGUGCCGUUAAAAAAGCAUUGGGCCUUCAAGUUGCCUGGGGGAGUCAGAGCUCAAUGAUUUUCGAUCUUCUUCAAGUAGACUUUAUGAAACCAGUUACCGACCAAGUCGAGUCCCUAUUGAAUAACACAGACCUGACAGUGCUAGUAUUUACAGGGCAGCUCGAUCUCAUCGUUGAUACUCCAGGCACGCUUCUAUGGGUGGAAAGACUCAAGUGGAGAAACGCGAGUGACUGGAAGUCUGCCUCGAGAGACCCAUUGAUUGUUGAUAAUGUCAUCGAGGGUUACAUCAAGCAGUACGGAAAUUUGAAAAUGUAUUGGAUCGACAGAUCCGGACACAUGGUACCGACGGACAAUCCUGAAGCGACGGAGGCCAUGUUAGCCGAUUUAACGAGGAACGCUUGGGACUAGAAAUACCAAAUAAACUCUAAACCCUUGAUCGCUGAUACCAGACUGUACAAGACCACAGAUCAUACAGCGUUACCUUAAAUUCACACGAAGAAAGCAAUAGACUAUGAAAGGUUCAACAAGUUAAAUAAAUAUUUACCCGUCUUAAGAGAGAA